AAACACUUUAUGUGUGAAUGUGUGCUGAGGCAUUGUCACCAUUGCAGUGAGGUAUUAUUGUGAAGCCACUCUGUUAACAUUUUUACUUUAAGCCUUGUAAAGCUUUGGGCUCUUCUAUACUCUUUUAAAGGUCACGCAAACACAAGGUGAGUGUAAUAUCAGCCAUAUAGGUGCCAUGGUAAAAUAUAUUCUCUUAUGAUAUCAGAUUAUUUCUGUGGGCAUUGUGCAAUCCUUAAGAGUCAGUGUGUUUUUCAGAGACUCCAUGAGGUGGCACAUGCUGUAUACUGGAAUUAUGUUGAUUUAGAAAGGAGUACCUUGGAUAUCAUUUGGGUUACCUGAGGUCUUAUUUAAAAAACAAGAAUUAUACUUGAGUAAAUAUUAAAAGAAUAUGAAAUAUUGCUAGUGUGCCGAAUAACCUUACAGAAAAAACAACUACAGUAUACCCCACGAACUGUAAGUGCUUAGUCACAGAGUACGUAGGCUGUGGUGUUAUUGGAACAUGAGUGAUGCCAAGACACUGUCAACCCCCCCAGGGUCAGGAAACUUGAGCACCUCAUCCAGAAAGAUUGCUCGCUCCAGAGCCUCUCAAAGGGUCUCUGGUACAGUUCUCGAUCCCCCCAUCUUACACCCUGUCGGGGGUCUCUGUUAUGUGCUGACGUGAUGCUGUGAGAACCUUUAAAUAGGGCAUGAGAAGGCAAUUCAAGGCUAAAAAAUACCAAAGCCGCCUGACAGACAAGCACGACGUAGACAUCAUCACAGCACAGUUCUGAAGCCAUAGAAAUCAAAAGUUUAAUCACAGAGAUCCAGAAAAACAGAACCAUGGCAAAUAUAGCAGCUGAAGAAAUGCAGCGUCAGUUCACCAAAAUCUCGCUCCACGAGGUGGACGAGAAGGUGCGUCUCAUGGCUGAGAAGGUGUAUGCCUCAGCUCUGAAAGAAGAAGACAGUAAGAAGACGAUGUCCAUGUUCACCGUUCCCGAGGACUGUCCCAUCGGCCUGCAACAAGAAAAGGAGUGGGAAAUACGCAAAGAGUUGGCAGAGCAAAAUUCAGAGGAGUCUGUCAAGAGGAAGAAGAGUUUCAAGCUGAUACGCUCAAACUCAGUGUCCUUCCAGAUUCCCAACGCCUCUGAAUGGGCAAUGUCCAUCAUUGCACCUCUUCUGACCCCUUCCACCGAUGAAGAGACUGCAGCUAUUAACAUCCCAGAAUUCCAGAGGGUCACUAUCAGUGGAGACUACUGUGCAGGGAUAACAGUGGAGGACUAUGAGCAAGCAGCCAAAACUCUGCUAAAUGCCCUCUUCAUCAGAGAGAAAUACUCACGGCUGGCGUAUCACCGCAUUCCUAGGAUCAUCACCAGAUUUCUGAGAAGCGCCAAUAAUGAGAAAUGGAGUGAGGAGGAUGAAAUGCUGCCAGAUAUGUGCCCCUGUCCAAUUGAGGGAGAGGAUCCUUACAGUAUGGAAGACAUACCACAGAAUCUGAACUACAUCCUAAAGAUGAAGGAUGGAAUCGUACAUGUCUACGACAAUGAAGAGGCUUUAAAACAGGCCCUGCCACGAAGUUUGCCAUAUCCUGAUCUGGAAACCUUUGCUAUCGACAUGAGCCACGUCCUCGCCAUGAUAGCAGAUGGGCCAACGAAGACGUAUUGUCACAGAAGGCUUAACUUCCUGAUGUCCAAGUUCUACCUUCACGAAAUGCUGAACGAGAUGGCGGAGUUAAAGGAACUGAAAGGCGUUCCUCACAGAGAUUUCUACAACGUCAGAAAGGUUGAUACCCACAUUCAUGCCGCUGCCUGCAUGAACCAGAAACACCUUCUGAAGUUUAUCAAGGACACUUAUAAAACAGAUGCAGAGCGGGUGGUGAUGGAGAAGAAUGGAAAGAAGAUGACCCUCAAGCAAGUGUUUGAGAGUCUUAAAAUGGACCCCUAUAACCUGACAGUGGACUCGCUGGAUGUACACGCUGGCAGACAAACGUUUCAUCGGUUUGACAAGUUUAAUUCCAAAUACAAUCCAGUGGGUGCAAAUGAGCUCCGAGAGAUCUACCUCAAAGGGGAUAACUACAUUGGUGGAGAAUAUUUUGCACGCCUCAUCAAGGAGGUUGCUCGUGAUAUGGAGGACAGCAAAUACCAAAUUGCAGAACCCCGUCUCUCCAUAUAUGGCCGAUCUCCUGAAGAGUGGGGGAGCUUGUCUAAAUGGUUUAUUAAGCAUAGGUUGCACUCACCUAACAUGAGAUGGCUCAUACAAGUGCCCAGGAUCUAUGACAUUUUCCGAGCAAAGAAGCUGAUCCCUAACUUUGCCAAGAUGCUAGAGAACAUCUUCCUCCCACUAUUUCAGGCCACCGUUAACCCCCAGGAGCACAAAGAAACGCACGUCUUCCUUAAAUACGUGACAGGGUUCGACAGUGUGGAUGAUGAAUCCAAACACAGCGAUCACAUAUUCACCUAUAAGAGUCCGAAACCUGAGGAUUGGACCACAGAGGAGAACCCACCGUACACCUAUUACCUGUUUCACAUGUAUGCCAACAUCAUGGUCCUCAACAACUUACGCAAAGAACGUGGUCUUAAUACUUUCCAGUUCAGACCUCAUUGUGGUGAGGCAGGAUCGAUCACCCAUCUGGUGACUGCCUUCCUCACUGCCGACAACAUUUCUCACGGACUCAACCUGAAGAAGAGUCCUGUGCUGCAAUACCUGUAUUACUUGGCCCAGGUGCCAAUUGCCAUGUCUCCGCUGAGUAACAACAGUCUGUUCCUGGAGUAUUCUAAGAAUCCCCUGAGGGAGUUUUUGCACAAGGGUCUGUGUGUGUCUCUCUCCACCGACGAUCCAAUGCAGUUCCACUACACAAAGGAGGCCCUAAUGGAGGAAUAUGCCAUAGCAGCACAACUGUGGAAGCUGAGUACAUGUGAUGUGUGUGAGAUCGCCAGAAACAGCGUCCUUCAGAGUGGUCUGUCUCAUCAGGAAAAGAAGCAUUUCCUGGGGGAGAAUUAUCUACAGGACGGACCGGAAGGAAAUGAUAUCCGCAGGACAAACGUGGCACAGAUCCGUAUGGCCUUUCGGCACGAGACCUUGUGCAAUGAGCUCAGCUUCCUGGUGGAUGCUGUAAAGUCAGAAUCUGUGCCUACCGAAGCCCCUUAAAGAUGAUAGAUAGGGUACACCAUGGGUCUAAACAAGUGGCCCAGACAUCAUGUGAGAGUGGAAACUGUGUCUUGCAUCAGAAGAUGUAUUGUAGCAGACACCAUCCACCACUCGAGGUGCGACUACACUAGACAUUCCCCGCCUGGUAACAAGCAAUGGAGCUAACUUUGUGCCUAAUAAAUGACAGAUCUAUCAGUUCUUAUACUGAAUUAAUAAACAUUUAUAGGUGAUUGGUAUAUAUAGACUAUGCACUAUAUAUUAUGAAUCCAUUCUUUGAAAAUGAUGGAUUGUGGUGAAACGUUACUGUACUUUGCAUGGUUUUUGAAAAUGACGUUUAAAGUUUGUCUUUUUUUAAGGGAUCAUAAACAAUAGUUACCUUUUAUAAGAGGAAAACUUCUGGUGUGCAACUUUAUAAAUGGAUUCGUUUUUUUGAUAAAUGUUUUACAUAUGAUAGACAUACAGAAACAUGGCCUUAUAUCUGUCUAGACUCUAGAGAACAAGUAUGUUUGCAAGUUGAGAGUCUGGGAAAGUUUCUUGGGUGGCUAAAGGGGUGGAGCUUUAUUAUUGUUCGAUAAAAGACUUGUUUACUUAAACUUGCACAUCUGAUAAGUACACAGAAAGAGUUAGGUGUGGUUUGAUGUAUGCAUGAUUCGGUCGGAAUUGCAGUUUGAAAAUAUGUUGAACCUGAAAUAAAUAUAUGAAAACUGCACUAAAAAAUAAACUAUGAUCAAGCACAA